GUACGGCACCGCCAGUCAGGGCAGAUCAUGGUGCUGAAGAUGAACAAGCUGACCAGCAACCGGGGCAACAUGCUGCGAGAGGGGCAGCUGAUGAACCGCCUCUCGCACCCCAACAUCCUCAGGUUCAUGGGGGUGUGUGUGCACCAGGGACAGCUACACGCGCUGACAGAGUACAUCAAUGGUGGGAACCUGGAGCAGCUGCUGGACAGCCCUGUGCCCCUUUCCUGGUCCAUCCGUGUCAAGCUGGCCCUCGACAUCGCCUGUGGCCUGCGCUACCUGCACUCCAAGGGCAUUUUCCACCGUGACCUUACCUCCAAGAACUGCCUGGUGCGCUGCGAGGCCAAUGGCUACACAGCUGUGGUGGCUGACUUUGGUUUGGCUGAGAAGAUCCCCACUUACAGUGAGGGCAGCGAGAAGGAGCCGCUGGCUGUGGUGGGCUCCCCGUACUGGAUGGCGCCUGAGGUGCUGCGAGGGGAGAUCUACAAUGAGAAGGCCGAUGUGUUCGCGUACGGCAUCAUCCUGUGCGAGACCAUCGCUCGCGUCCCCGCAGACCCAGACUACCUGCCUCGCACUGAGGAUUUUGGGCUGGACAUCACCACUUUCCGCACCAUGGUGGAAGUUGACUGCCCAGUGACCUUCCUCCAGCUCGCUUUCCACUGCUGCAGUAUGGACCCUGCCUCCCGCCCCUCAUUCCUGGAAAUCACGCAGUGCCUGGAGGGUGUCCUGCAGCACCAGCCCAGUGCAGAGGGCACCGGGGACACCCUUUUCGGUGGCGGGGAGAUCCUACCU